AUGUAUUUCACGCGAGCGGCUGACGCUAACUGGUGGUUAGAGUACGAGGACUGGUGUGAGGCGACCAGUCGAGGCGUGGACAGGGGUGCCACGGUCCGCAAGGGCUGUGCGGGCCGGACGCCAGCGGAGAUGGGCCACACCGGCCCCCGGCCAGCGGAGAUGGACCAUGGACCACACCCACCCGGGCCGGUGGAGGAGGAUCACGCCCGCCCCCGGCCAGCGGAGAUGAACGACACCGGCUCCGGCCAAGGGAGGUGGACCCCAUCUCCCCCGGCCAACGGAGCCGGCCGGCUCGGCGGUGACGGCUACCUCGCGCAGGACGUGUUCGGCCGCGGUCCGUGCCCAGCCAUCCAGCAGCCAGGCAGCCUCUUCCCUUGGAUGAAGGCGCAGUUCGACAGGAAGCGUGGUCGGCAGACGUACACCCGGUACCAGACGCUGGAGCUGGAGAAGGAGUUCCACUUCAACCGCUACCUGACCCGCCGGCGUCGAAUCGAGAUCUCCCACCAGCUGUGCUUGACGGAGCGCCAAAUAAAGAUCUGGUUCCAGAAUCGGCGCAUGAAGUGGAAAAAGGAGCAUAGGACGCUCGACACCACGGACGACAAGGCGGCGUCGGUGGAGGUGGCAGAUGCGGAAAAAUCUCCGGGUGGGGCGUAAAUUAUCAGCAUUUCUGCGAUUGCGGUGGUGAAAUAUUAUUUGGCUACUGUGUAGGACAAGGCAUGCUGGCGCGGGCUGGUGGUGCUUGCUGCUGGCCCAGUGAUAUUCGGCCGGUCGUUCAUCGGAGCCGCGGAUGAUGCUGUGGAAACAUUCGGUCCCGAUCACCAGGUUACUGGCACCUCGGGGCCCGUCAUCGCGUCAUCAGGUGACGUCAUCGGUUCGUCGGUGCUCGUUCGUGUUGUUAUGAGAUCGUCAGCUGUGGUGUCCAGCGCCGGGGGGUCAGGCAAUACUGUGCCGCCUGCAGUCACCCAUCGUGUGACAUCAUCUCCCCACCGACGGCUGGUGACGUCAGACGACCAGAGACGUCAGAGACAGACGUCAGGCUGGGCCCGACGCCGUGCGGCCUUACAUCCGUCUGGACCGCUGGUGAGGCUGUCCAGCACGCUCGCCCAACUCACACCGAUACUGGACAUGACGUCUAUGACGCCGGCUUACACAACACUCCUUGCACGCCACGUGGCAGAGGCUGUACACACCUACACCGGGUGGGGCGAAACGGAGAGCCAAAGCAAUUUGGAGUCUUUUGUAUUCGCACGGUGAUGAUAUGUUUAAACCAUUUGUAUUUUAUACGCAAUUUAAAACGACAUACAGCUUUCACCAUCGGGUACGCUUGAGAACGGUUGAUCUUCGCCCUCUUCGUUGGGAGGGAGAUCAUCUCGACCUGGUCUGACAUGUUCGGACAGUAGGUGGCAGCGACCUCUCCCAGGGUCACUUCCAUCCGUGCGUAGGACCUUACGCGAAAGGUUAUGUAUGCCGGUGCCGUGUGCAUUUGUGCUUCGUCCAAUUUGUACGGAAAAAACGUAUCACGCAAUACUGCAUAUGUGAUUAGGAACGGAAUACGUAACUGAUUGUGUGGUAUACCGAUACGUAAUACGUUUCCAUACUAGCACCGUAUUUUAGAACGCUUUCACUUGGUUGUUUGCUAGCCACUAAGGCCGUUUGUAGGAGGAUGAGGUAGGUGGCUAGGCUCACUGCACUGUUGCAGUGUUCAACGCACUAUAAGUGCAUUCGUCUCACUGCAAUUUUUGAAUAUAGGAUAUGCUUGUGAUAUACGAAAAGCGCUGGCCAAUGCGCCCUUUCACACGAGGCCACCGUUGGAUGCAUUAGUUUCGGCAGGCGUCAAACGCCUUUGCUUUUUGUGAUUUGAGUCUCUGCCGCUGCGCAGUGCAAUGUAGCGUCGCUCGCUUGCUCUCCCAAAGAUCGGCGCGCGCGGCGUCCUCCCUGCGGUGCCUAGCACGCGUUCUCUCGCGCUGCCUCGUGAGCCGGUCACGAUCAGCGCCCCAGGCUGGCAGCUAGGUUGUUACUGUGGCGGGAUGAUCUCGGAGGCGAGGACGGCGACCACACCUAUCGUGGCGGACUGCAGCGUGCGUGGAAUCGGUGCGGUGCGGUGCGGUGCGGUGCGGUGCGGCGCCCGCUGGACGGUGGCGACGGGUUUGAGCAGUGCGUAUCUGAUGUGUGGCGUGGCGGGCUGGCAUUGAACGGUGCUUGCUGUCAGGCGGGAGGCGGACGAGCCAUCAGGGGCCGAAGACAUCGGACUGUGACAAUCGUGUACGUAACAUUUAGUACAAGCAAUAGCUACGACCUGUUGGCUUCCGACUCCGCGCCGGGCUAUUUUCUGUUCGGCGAUUUCCGCGCUGCACUCGCUCUGGGGUCACGCGGACCCCGUGACUCACCCCUGACGGGGUGUGGUUUAGCUGUGUUAUCCGCGCCUACCUGACGUUUCAGAAAUGGUAUUUUCGUUCCUCGCCGCACAAAAACGCUCUCCGUUGUUGAAAAAAUACUCUCCGUUGUUGGUUUCAAUGCACGAUCCAUGAGAAUUAUGUCAUCACGGCGUCGUUGUUUUCAU